AAUCUAUUCGUGAUAUUUUUUUCAUCUUCUACAUCUAAAGGAAUAUUUUUUUUAUAAUGCAAAAAAAGUUGAUUGUCUUAGGCCUUGUGUGCCUACAAGUGGGUCUGAUUGUGAGCCAACAGGAUUUGGAAGUACCACCAGAUUUCUGUGUGGGCCAAGAACCUGGACAUUAUCCUCACCCGGACGAUUGCAAUGGAUUCAUCUACUGUAGUGAUGCAGGAGAGGGAGCUGCCGGCAGAUGUAUUGAUGACCUGCAUUUCAGACCUGAUGCACCUGGUGUAGGAGUUUGCACAUAUCCAGAGGAAGCAGGAUGUGAUCCCAAUGCUGGUGGAUCAGAAUGCAAUGUGGGUGAUUUCUGGGAGGAACGAGUACCACAAACAUGCAAUCAGUACAUUCGAUGUGUAAAUGGUGAAACAACAACACGACGAUGUGCAGACAACCUCCAUUGGGAUAGCGCCACACAGCAGUGUACCACACCAGUUCUCUCUGACUGCCCAUAUCCUAUUUGUUCUGAAAACCCCACUCCAGGAGAAAUUGAAGUUAUUCCACAUCCAACGGACUGCAAUUUGUACCACAUUUGCAUAAAUGGUGAACCAAUUGAGCGAGCUUGUGCUCCAGGACAACAUUUUGACCGUAUCAAUGGGUGGUGUACUACACCAGAGGAAGCACAGUGUGAAGUAACUGGUUCUCCAGAUCCAGGACCAGAAGUCCCUCCUGAAGAGUCCACACCUGAACCUGACGGCGAAACUGAUCCUGAUGGCGAAACUGAACCUGACGGCGAAACUGAACCUGACGGCGAAACUGAACCUGAGGGCGAACCUGAGCCCUAAACCCAUUUUACAACUGAUCCAUAGAUAAUUUUUUAGUAUUUAGUAAAUCACACCUUGACAUAAUUUAAUAAAAAUAAAAUAUAGCAUCAGUAACAUACCGAA